CACACCCAUCUCCCCGUCACCGCUUCACCUCUACCACCCACCGCGAGGAAGGUUCCCCAGCUGGGGACAGGGUCCCCCGGAGUGCCACCAACACCUGGGGCACCCAGUCCCCUCCCCACGCCCCCCGAGCUGCCCCACGGCCGUCCCUGCACAGGCAGGACACGGAUCCAGUGGCUCCAGCGCUGCCCAGCUCCAUGUGGAGUCAGGAACGGGAAGGCUCCUCCCUUGGGGACAGAGGGACUGUCCCCAACCCACACUCACACGCCAUUUCCCAACAGCCCUGGGGCUUGGGGACAAAGGUCAGUGUCACCACGAAAGUCACUGUCACUCUUGGGUGUCCUCGGAGCAGCUCUGGGUGGCUCCGAGGUCCCUCCUUUCCCACGGUGGUGACAGUGGCCGGGUUGGACAGUGCCAUGGGGCCGCUGUGGCUCUGCCUCCUCAUCCUCACAGCAUUCCUUAGUCCCACGGCCCCACGAGGUGGUGGCAGAGGGACACCAGGACCCCCAGGGGGGCAUGGGGACAUGCAGGGGGGGUUAUGGGGGCAGUGGGGCACCCUGAGUGCUCCAAAGGCGUGAGAGGUGGGGGCAAAGGGGGUAUGGGGGAACCCACAAGGGGCACCCCGAGCUCUGCAAGGGGGGGCCAUGCAGGGCACAGGGGUCUUGGCAAGGCUGGCAGGAGGGGACACGAUGGCAAAGGGGCACCCUGAGGACCGAAAUGGGGGACAGCAGGGACUCGACACCCUGUGCCACAGCUGGCGGUGACCCCAGGGGCUGACGCUGGAGGUCACCUCGGCGAUGGCAGGAGCAGCCACCUGUGUGUCACCUCUCCCUGACCUGGGCAGCUCGGUGUUCCCCCAAAAGUCCGAAUGUGCCCACGUGCAGGUGACAGCCAAGCUGAAAAAGCCCCUGACCAACUUUGCCUUGUGCCUCAAGUCCUACACCGACCUCACCCGGCCACACAGCCUCUUCUCCUACGCCACCGAAACGCAGAGCAACGAGAUCCUCCUCUUCAAGCCCAAAGCUGGCCAGUACAACUUCAACGUGGGCAACCAGUUCUUGUCCUUCACGGUGCCUGAAGUUCUCGGGGAGGUCGAGCACGUCUGCGUCAGCUGGGAAUCCUCCACGGGCAUCAGCUUCUGGCUCAACGGGAAGCGCCGGCCCAGGAAGGGGCUGCAGAAGGGCUACACGGUGGGAGGGCCGGCAUCCAUCGUGCUGGGGCAGGAGCAGGACAGCUUCGGGGGUGGUUUCGAUGCCAAGCAGUCCUUCGUGGGGGAGAUUUCAUCCGUGUACAUGUGGGACUCCACCUUGGAGGCGGUGUGGGCCAUGUACGACACACCUGGUGAAACCCCCGUCUUUGGCUGGAAGAAUUUCCUCAAGAUCGUGGGUGAGGUGUACCUGAAGCCCUGAGGUUGUGGGGGGUGCCCCCCGUCCCUGCUGUGUAACCCCCUCUCCCAAAGCCACCCAACACUGCAUAAAUGGAGAAAUGUGGUUUUAGGGUUCUGGUGGUCUUUAGGGGUGUGGGAAUUGUGAUGGAUCCAGGCUCAGAAGCUCCCUAGGGUGAGGAGGGAAUAGGGGAAAGAAUGCCCAGGCCAGAGCCAGCCAAACCAGAUUUGGGGACAUGGGGCUGAGCUGGGGACAGUCCUUGGGGGGGUUUGUGCACCCCUGGCAGCCCCCAGGCAUGGUGGGGCUGGGGUAGAACUCAGGGGGCCAGGACUGUUGGGGGGCAGCCCUGGGACAACCCAGUGUCCCCAAGCUUGGGGAGGUUCAGUCCCAUGUCCCAGAGCCCUGGGGCUGCAGUUCUGGAGCUCUUGGGGGGUUCAGCCCCGUGUCCUGAGGGACUCAGACCCAGAGCCCUGGGGGUGCAGUUCUGGAGCCCUUGGGGGGUUCAGCCUCAUGUCCUGAGGGAUCCAGACCCAGAGCCCUGGGGGUGCAGUUCUGGAGCCCUUGGGAGGAUUCAAGCCCAGGGGUGCAGCUCUGUAUCCUGGGGGUUCAGCCCUACAGCCCCGUGUCCCACACAGAUCCGGAAGGUCCAGCCCUGGAGUCCCGAGGUGUUCAGUCCCGGAGCCCCGGGGUGGCAAUCCCGCAUCCCGAGGGCCUCAGUCCCGGAGCCCCGGGGGGCUCAGCUCCCUGUCGCGGGGGAUUCAGCCCCCCAUUCCUGCAGACCCCUGCCCCGGGGGGUUCCAGCUCGCUGUCCCGGAGGUUCAGCUCCGUGUCCCACAGCCAAGCAGCCGCGGGUCCCCCCCUUGUCCCCCCGACACCGAUCCGACCUCCGCCGUGUCCCCUUUGUCCCCUGUGUCACCCCCGCGCCGCCUCCGACGCUCGCUGCGGCCUCGCCCGGCCCCGCUCCGGUCCCGCUCCCCCUCAGCUCCAGCCCGGCUUCGCCUCACUCCGCCUCAGCUCCGCCUCAGCCCGGGCCCCGUUCCGGCCCAGCUCCGCC